GUAUUUGGAAAUAAGAUGAUAAUUCCUUCCUUGGAUGGGGACCUUUUCCAGUGGGAUCGAGAUCGAGAGAGCAUGGAAGCAGUUCCUUUCACAGUUGAAUCUCUUCUUGAGUCAUCCUACAAAUUUGGCGAGGAUGUUGUCCUAGUUGGGGGAAAGUCUUUAACAACCUAUGGGCUGAGCUCAUACUCAGGGAAGGUGAAGUACAUCUGCUCAGCUAUGGGCUGUCGCCGGUGGGAUGAUGAUGAAACAGAACAGGAAGAGACGCUUUUAUUGCACCGAACGCAGAAAACAGUCCGUGCUGUUGGACCACGCAGUGGCAAUGAAAAGUGGAAUUUCAGUGUUGGUCACUUUGAGCUGCGCUAUGUCCCAGAUAUUGAAACUAGAGCAGGAUAUAUUGAAAGCAAUUUUAAAUCAAAUAUGAACAAAGAAGAAACAAAAAUUAUUUCAGAUGUGGAUGAGCAGGAAGCUAUGAUGAAAGAUACGGUGAUAAAGGUCUCAGUAGCUGACUGGAAGGUGAUGGCUUUUAACAAACGAGGAGGACACCUGGAAUGGGAAUACCAGUUUUGCACUCCAAUUGCUUCUGCAUGGCUGGUUAAGGAUGGCAAAGUAAUUCCAAUCAGUCUGUUUGAUGACACAAGUUACACUGCGAACAAUGAAGUAUUGGAAGAUGAAGAAGAUCUUGUGGAAGCUGCCAGAGGGGCCACAGAAUCCAGUGUCUAUUUGGGUAUGUACAGGGGCCAGCUGUAUCUUCAGUCAUCAGUCAGAAUUUCUGAGAAAUUCCCAACCAACCCAAAGGCUCUGGAAUCCAGGAACGAUAAUGCAAUUAUUCCCCUUCCCAAAAUCAAAUGGAAACCUUUAAUCCAUUCUCCUUCCAGGACUCCAGUGUUGGUGGGAUCUGAUGAGUUCGAUAAGUGUCUCAGCAAUGACAAAUAUUCUCAUGAAGAGUAUAGUAAUGGAGCACUUUCAGUUCUGCAGUAUCCAUAUGAUAAUGGUUAUUACUUACCCUACUACAAGAGAGAGAGAAAUAAACGUAGCACCCAGAUCACUGUUAGAUUUUUUGAUGACACGAAUUACAAGAACAUUCGCAAAAAAGAUCCUGUUCUUUUGCUUCACUGGUGGAAAGAAAUUGUUGGCACCAUUAUAUUUUGCAUUGUGGCCACAACUUUUAUUGUACGCAAACUUUUCCAUCCCCAUCCUUACAGCAGACUACGGAAGGAAUCUGAAACACAGUGUCAGACUGAUAGUAAAUAUGAGCCCACUUGUGGAGACGUUAAAGAGACCAGCUGGAGUGACGUCAAGAACUCUGGAUACGUGUCAAGAUAUCUGACAGAUUUUGAACCAAUUCAGUGUCUGGGUCGUGGAGGUUUUGGAGUAGUUUUUGAAGCCAGAAAUAAGGUAGACGACUGCAACUAUGCUAUCAAAAGGAUCCGUUUACCUAACAGAGAGCUGGCUCGUGAAAAGGUGAUGCGGGAAGUCAAGGCGUUAGCUAAACUUGAGCAUCCAGGUAUUGUUCGGUAUUUCAACGCAUGGCUGGAAGCUCCACCUGAGAGAUGGCAGGAGAAGAUGGAUGAACAGUGGUUAAAAGAUGAAAGUACUGAUUGGCCACUCAGUUCUCCCAGUCCAAUGGAUGUCCCAUCAUUUAAGAUCAGAACAGAGCCAUUUUCUACAAAGGAACACAUUGAAGUUAUUGCCACUUCAUCAGAGAGGGUACCAUCUGUGGGAAUACCCUGUCGUCAGACUGAUUCAUCUGGAAGCCAAUUUUAUCCUCUGGAAUUUUCUGCCACGGACAACAGGGACUUACACCAGUCAGAAGAUCCACUAUUAAACCUUCAGGACAGUGUCCUUACAGGCUGUGAUAUAGAAGACAGUACUAUCAACAAUAAUGAGCUCGGUCAUUCCUUGGAAGUUUGUUCUUCAGCCGUUCCUGCUGUACAGCUGAGGGAAGGGACCUCCUCUUCUAUUGUGUUUGAGGAUUCUGGUUGUGGCAAUGCUUCUAGUAAGGAAGGUAAAAUUGGUAUUUCACAUGAUGAAAGCCUUUCUGAGGAUAAGGCAAAAAGUACAAAGGAAUCCGCUAACAAGAAAUCUGCUUCAGGAAGUCCCCUCUCUGUUUCUCCACCAAGGCCAACAAGUUUAAGCCUGGACCUUUCUAAAAAUAUUACAGAAAAAGUCAAGCCCACCUCUCCAAAGGUGUAUCUUUACAUCCAGAUGCAGCUCUGCCGGAAAGAGAACCUUAAAGACUGGAUGAGCAGAAGAUGCCUGAUAGAGGAGAGGGAAAGGACAGAGUGUCUGCAGAUAUUUCUGCAGAUAGCUGAAGCGGUUGACUUUCUGCAUAGCAAAGGAUUAAUGCACAGGGAUCUCAAGCCUUCCAAUAUAUUUUUCACAAUGGAUGACAUAGUAAAGGUUGGGGAUUUUGGACUGGUAACUGCUAUGGACCAAGAUGAGGAGGAGGAAUCAGUACUUACCCCAAUGCCAGCUUAUGCCAGGCACACAGGACAAGUAGGGACGAAACUCUACAUGAGCCCAGAACAGAUCUGUGGGAACACCUAUUCGCACAAAGUGGAUAUCUUUUCUUUGGGAUUGAUUCUCUUUGAGCUGCUUUACCCUUUCAGCACACAGAUGGAGAGGGUCAGGACCUUAAGUGAUGUUAGAAAUUUGAAGUUUCCACCUCUGUUCACUCAGAAAUAUGCAAAAGAGUACACCAUGGUGAAGGACAUGCUCUCUCCAAGUCCCACGGAAAGACCUGAGGCUGCAGCAAUCAUAGAAAAUCCUGUAUUUGAAGACUUGGAACUCCCACCAAAACCAGUGCUUAGGCAAAGGUCACGGACAAUGAGUUUAUCAGGAAAUAAGCAUUCAAGACAACCAAGCAAAUAA